AAUGAUUCGCGACGACGAAGCUAUCAGGCCCCAAUAUUAUAAAUUGAUUGAAGAAUGCAUAGUACAAAUUGUACUACACAAGAAUGGCGUGGAUCCUGAUUUUCGAUAUACCAGAAGAUUUGAACUUGAUGUUACUCCUUUGAUAGGAACACUUUCUGAAGAGCAGUUAGAGGAUGACGACUCAAUGAAACGACAAUAUAGAAAUAAAAGCAAGAAAACGUUUGAUGGUGCUGAAAAGAGGGAAAUGGAAGCUGAAUUAGAUACUCUUAGAAGUAAAAUAGAACAAUAUGAAACGAAGAUGAAAGAUUUGGAGGGAAAAAAUAAGGAACUAUUGGGUGGAGCUAUUACGGCAUCCCUCAACAAGCAGUCUCCAGGACCCCCACCUCCCCCUCCUGUUACAGCUCCUGCUCCACCGCCUCCACCUCCGCCUCCUGCUGCUCCACCAUUUCCAGGUGGACCAGGAAUCCCCCCACCGCCCCCGCCGCCACCAUGUCCAGGUAUACCAGGUCCACCUGGAAUACCAGGUCCCCCUAUGCCAGGAACCCCUCUGUUUAGUCCACCUACAUUACCACAUGGAAUGAAAGAAAAAAAGAAAUAUAAACUAAAGGCUCCUUUGCUAAAAUUACAUUGGGAUAAAGUAUCAGCACGCGAUUUAGAGAAAGAAAGUUUAUGGGUACAUAUGAGAGAGGAAAAAUUUGAAGAUAGUGCACUCAAUAGCAAAUUAGAGGAACUAUUCUCUACAAGAGCUCCUAAAAAAGUAAAUUCUGCCAACACGAAUGAAGAAGGAUCAACACCAAGUGAAGCUAAAAAGAUUACUGUGAAAAAGAAGUUAUUUGCUCUUGAUUCGAAGACAAAUCAAAAUCUCGGACUACUACUUGGAUCACUUAAAGUUCCUUUCUGGGAAAUAAGACGUCGACUAUUAGAAAUUGAUGAAGAAAAGUGUAAAGAAACUAAUCUUGAACAAAUUGUAAACACACUACCUGAUCAAGAGAUGAUAGCCACUGUUGCAUCAUUUAAGGAUAAUUAUGACCAGAUGUAUGAAAGUGAGCAAUUCUUAUGUACAAUAAGCGAUGUCAAAGAAGUUAAGCAUAAAACCGAAUCUAUAAUAUUCAAAUUAAAUUUUGAAGAAAUCGUUAAUGAUAUAAAACCGCAAAUAUUUUGUACAACUAAUGCCCUGGAAGAGAUUCAAAAGUCUGAUCGUUUUAAACAAUUGCUUGAAGCUAUCCUAUAUAUAGGGAAUUACGUCAAUUCUGGUUCUGCUAAAGCUCAGGCCCUUGGCUUCCAUAUAAAAUAUCUACCAUCCCUAGUGAAUACAAGAAGUACUGUGGAUCCAACAUUUACAAUGAUGCAUUUUCUUGUUGAUUAUUUAGAGAAAAACUUUCCCGAUCUUUUGACAUUCUACAAUGACUUUGAUGAUUUAUUCGAAGCUGCCAGUAAGGCUGAUGAACAAAUAGAUCAAAAAUUGAAUUCAUUAGCCAAAUCAAUAAAACAACUAAAAGCAGAUGUUCAAAAUGCUAAAAAGAUGAAAAAGACUUUAGCUGAUGACCGCUUUGUGCCUAUUAUGGAGGAAUUUUCUAUUGAGGCAGAGAAAAAGUAUGAUAUUAUCAUAACGUUGAAUAAUAACAAAAAAAAUAUGUAUGAAACUAUGGCCAAAUAUUUCGCAUUUAAAACCAACGAAUACGGCAUUGAUAGCUGCUUGAAUGAUAUCAAGCAAUUUGUAGUAGAAUUUAGGAGAAUUAGAGACGAAAUGACUCAGAAAAAGGAGCUAGAGGACAGAAAGAAGAGGCAGAAAGAGGCUAAAGAGGCUGCUGAACGAGAAAAGAAAGAACGAAUUGAGAGACAGAAGAAAGUAUUUCUCGAUGUUACAGCUAUUGACGAUAACCAAACAAAUAUUAUCGAUAACUUACAAGACUUACUAAACACUGGUGCUAUCUUUCAACAUGGCGAGAAGAGAGAACGAAAGAAGAGAACUCCAAGAGCUCAAGGAGCUGAAAGACGAGCAGCAUUGCAGAGAUCUAGAUCGCGUCAAAAUUUAUUAAACUCUACAACAGAUAGUGUUGUAAAAGAAAUAAAUUUCGAUGAAAUUGCUGACACCCCUGUAAGAUCUAAAGCUUCGCGUCGCCAAAAAGAAAACGUACCAGCCAACGAUUUAAGCGAAGCAGAAGCUCUCUUACAAAAGCUUAAGGAAUUGUGA